CCAUCAUCUCCAAUAUCCCAGUAUAGGAGAACCAGCGGAGGCAGUGAACUAAUGGGAACCAUGGGAAAACCACUACCCAACUGCGUUUGGGAACCGAUAUGUUGAGCAGAAAGAACUCCUCCGACUGAGGAACGCCGUUCUGGGGGAACAAAAGGCGAAUGGUAAUAUUUUCAUUUCACAUCGAGGACCUUCCCGCGAAAGCACAGCGAACGUCGGCCCCAGAUCCCCUCCUCCUCGCCUUCAUCGGCCCACGUCUUCCCGAGUCGGAUGCGUCACCGAUGGCUCUGAGUAAGAAGAUGCAGUAAUGGAAGUCCAUGUGCCGUUCAGCACCCGAACCAUGAAGCAACUUAAAGGGUAGGGGCUGCUGCAAGCUCGCCUCACCCUACCCUCCCACCCUCCCGCCCCGAAAGCAGAGCCAAGCACCGAAGCGAAGCCUGUGGUCCCGCCACCGCCGCCUCAUCCUCCUCACCCCCUCUCCACCACCAACACCACGACGGCAUUGGAAGACGAACAUGACAUGUAUUGCGAAGACACUGGUUGAUGUGUGUUAUAUGGACCUCUGAGGUGUCGAGCGUAAAACCAGUGGAGCAAUGAAUGGCGGAAAGGACUGUGAAGCGGGAGACGAGAGGCAGGCCGUCCCUGUCCAGGUUCCCAUUGGCUGGCAGCGCAAGUUGGAGCAUGGUGGGGGCGUCGUCUACAUAAGUCCGAGCGGUUCGGUGCUGUCCAGCCUGGAGCAGGUGAAAACCUACCUGUUGACAGAUGGGACCUGCAAAUGUGGCCUGGAGUGCCCACUCAUCCUCCACAAGGUGUUCAACUUCGACCCGGGGGCUGCGGUCAAGCAGAGGACGGCAGAGGACGUGAAGGCAGACGAAGAUGUCACCAAACUCUGCAUCCACAAGAGGAAGCUGCUGGCUGUGGCCACGCUGCACAAGAGCAUAGAGACACACCCAUCUCUGACACUCACCAGUCCAGGGGGAGGUGCGACGCCUAUGGUCCCUGCGCAUUCCACGUCUCAACGAGCAAUAAGGACUAAAUCCCACGAGGGACUGCCCAACCCUGCUGUCCCCGACUGCAAGAACCCCUUCAAGAUGAUGAUGGCAGCUGGACAGCAGCAGCGGCUGUACCCGCCUCAGGAGGUGGGUGGAGCCCAGCAGCCAGAGCUCUAUCCAGGCUACCCCAGGCAGCAGAGGCUGGGCAGCGGGGAGCCAGGUCCCAAAUCCCCCUACCGGGCUGGAUACGGGGGCAUGCUCAGCCCGCCUCCCUCCAGUGCUAAGCUGUACGGAGAUGGAUCCCAGUCCCCCAGUGCAGACACCCUGGGCAGCCCCGACGGCUAUCCAAGGACCAACCCCUGCGGAUUCCCCGGAGCCGGCAGCCCCGGCUCGGCCUCCAUCCAUGGGAACAGCAGGACGCCCCUUUCCCCGCCCAGCGUGAUGCUCCAUGGCUCCCCCGCGGGCCAGCCGUCCUGCGCUAUGGCAGGGAGGACUAGCACGCCCCUUUCACCCACAGCCACUGCCAAAAGCCCGGUCAUGAACAUGAGCGUGCCGCGGGGCAACUUCCCGCCUGGGAUGGAUAUGCCCCGAGCAGCGUUCCACCACAAAACACAGCCCACCCUGCACCCUGUCCCACCCCCUCCAUCCAUACCUCCUUCCUGCGCCCUUCAGAAAAGACAGUUGACCUCUGAGAAAGACCCCUUGGGCAUCCUGGACCCCAUCCCCAGCAAGCCUGUCAGCCAGCCCACCGCCAACGCCCCAAAUCCCCCCAACUUCCAGCCUAGCAUCCACUCUCAGGUACCAAUGAUGAAUGUAAACAUCCCCCCACCCGUCAUUGUCCCCUUGCCAAGCAACUUACCUUUACCCACAGUCAAGCCCGGGCCCGUGGGGCAUGGCAGCCAUGUUCAGAGGACUCCACAGGCCGGUCCGGCCUCCUCCAUGUCCCCCUCUCCUGUCACCUCUCCUGUCCACAUGGCUGGUCCCGCCCACGGGCGGAUAGAGGCCUCCCCCCAUCGCUCACGGUCCUCCUCCACCUCCUCUGACCAUGGGAGCUUCGCCAUGCCUUCGGGGCACCAGGCCCCAUGCGGCACCAUGAAGGUCCCUCCUCGCUCCCCCCGAUCGGCGAUGGGCUCUCCCAGGCCAGCCAUGCCCUCCAGCCCCUCCACCAACAAGAACGACCCGCUCCACCAGUACAAAGACUCCCAGCUGCUGUCUGGGAUGGGAAACUCCGUCAGCACCCAGCAGCACAGCAACCCUAUGUAUUCACCCACCUCCUCCUCGUCCUCCUCAUCCGCCUCUUCCUUGGCCACCCCCAGUGCUUCCCAGAAGGGCCACACAGGUCUGCUCGGGAUGCCCCUCAACCAGAUCCUCAACCAACAGAAUGCCGCCUCCUUCCCUGCCAGCAGCCUCCUGUCAGCCGCAGCCAAAGCACAGCUAGCAAAUCAAAACAAACACAGCGCUGGCAGCAGCACCGCUGGCUUGGCUGCUGGUGGUGUUGGGAUGGCAGGCAUGGGGGCGGGCGGCGGAGGUAAUGGAGGGGGCGGCGGGCACCCCGGCUCUAUGAGCGGCCCUCGAGGCAUGGAGGGACACAGCACUUUAAACCCCAUGCUCCCGCCCAACUCCACCAUGCUGCUCAACACACCUGAGGGCCAGAGCGGCCGUGCAGCGCUGAGAGACAAGCUGAUGGCGCAGCAGAGGGACCCGCUGCGCAAACGCAAGCAGUCGUCCGGCAGCGCCGCGGUCAACCACGACAACUCUAACAACAUGGUCUACAACAUACUAAACAAACCGAGCAUGGGAGGACCCCGGAUGGCGGGGGCCGGUCCCGUGGAGCAACUGCGGAAGGUGGCCCGACUGGGAAGCCUCCCCCCGAACACCUCCAUGGCCCAGCUCCUCCAAUCCAUGAGCUGCCAGAGCUCCCACAACCUGGCCGGGAGCAGCCACCGUCCUGGCCUCGGCCCAGGCCCCGGUCCUCCGGGAGCUGCACAGCUGCACUACAGUGACGGCAGCCCAAUGGUCCCUGGGGGCCCCCAGCACAACCUCCUCGCCCAACAGAGGCUGCGGGGCCCUGGGGACACCAUGCAGCACUGCCAGAACAUGGACUCCUCUGGGGGCCACCCGGGUGCCCACCAGUUCCCUGACAUGAUGGCCCAGAUGCAGGCCUCGUCCAUGGGGAGCUGUGGGCCAAUGGGGCCCAGCAGCGGACCGGUGGGCCCUGAUGGCAUGCCUCUGGGACGCCCCAACACUAACCCCCCACCACUGUCCCAUCCUGGCCCUCACCCCCCACAGCAGAACCUCCUCCAUGGGAUGGGACGGACUAACAUGGUGGUGAUGUCACAUGGAGGCGGUGAUGGAGGCUGCACGCAGGCCAUUUCUGAGACAGGAAACCCCUCGUCCCUCAGCUGUGUUAUCGGCGGCCUGCAGCCUCACGUGAACAGCGGUGGAGGUCAGAUGUACCAGCAGCCGGUCCACCAGGGCCUGCAGCAGGGUGCCGCCCCCCACCAGGCCUACCAGGGCCAGCAGCACUUCUCUGAAAACCCCUCCUACCAGGACGGCAACAACGCCAGCACCGGCUCCAUGGCCUGCCUCUACCAGAACUACCAGCAAGGGAUGUUGCCCCAUCCGCAGUAUGGGGAGGGGCAGCAGCGGGAGCUCCAGCCCCAGGCCGAGGGGCUUCCAGCGGGUACGCCGGGUCCUGACAGGCUCCCGGGCGGAGGCCCCGAGUCAGUGGACGCCAUCUACAGAGCUGUGGUAGACGCCGCCAGCAAGGGCAUGCACGUAACCAUCACCACCACAGUGAGUGGGACCACGCAGGCCAGCCCGGUGCCUGCCCUCAGCGCCAUGAGUGCCUUCACCGCCUCCAUCGGGGAGCCCGUCAACCUCCCCCACGUGGUCAACGCCGUCAUCCACAGCCACCAGGAAGGGGAGGUGCUUUCCCAGCAGCCCAGACCAAGGCAAGGCAGGCCGGGCCGGGCUCAGAAGAACCUGGAGCCGGGGAAGAGCACCCCAGAUGGCCAGGAAGCCAAUGAUUACUUCCGUUCCCCCGGGCGCAGGACCCCCAGGGGGCAGUGGGAUGGGGAGGCGACGCACGCUGGAGGCUUCGACACUCACAGUAACAACAGCAGCACCUGGGGCGGCGAGGAGUUCCUGGAGUGUUCCACCCAGGUGAGGAGCAGUCCUUGCAUGGAGCGACCUGCCAGCCUGGCCCCCGCCCCUCCCUGCCCCACCGAGGGGUCCCACGACCACGGCUUGGCCCUCGCCCCCGAUAAAGCCUUCCUCGAUGAUAGCUACCGCUUUAACAACUGCAGCCGGACACCUGCCAACUACAAGGAGCGUCUGGAGCAGACUGUGGAGCGCUGCGCCCACAUCAACGGCGCCACGCCCCAGUUCAGCACCCGGGGGUACGGUGAGGUGCUGGGCCCCCCGCGGCAGGAGCUGACGGGGGACGACCAGUCGCCCAGCUCCUCCACCAGCCUGGAGGGGCCGCUGGCCACGGCCAAAGACUACAGCCACUACAAUGGCCACUUUAACGGCAUGGCGCCCAGCCCGUCGGACACAAAGAGCCUGAGCAGCGAGGAGGACCUGCGGCAGCCGGACUCGCCCUCCUCAGAGCUGCUCCACUACCGGUCCAGGACCUUCAACAUGGGGGAGCUGGUGUGGGGCCAGCUGAAGGGCUUCCCACCCUGGCCUGCCAAGCUGGCCGGGGACGAACAAGUGCACAGCGCUGCCAUGCAGCUCCGGGAGCAGGCCAAGGUAGAGCCAGAGAAGCUAAAAACACUAACUCACGACUUGGAGGCACUUGACCGAGCCGCCAAAAGAAACCGGAAACCGGGGAAACUGAAUAAUCAUUUGGAAGCUGCUAUCCACGAGGCCAUGAGUGAGCUGGAUAAGAUGUCGGGCACAGUCCAUCAGAUCCCCUCGAGGGAUCGUCAGGUCAAGCUACCCAAGCCUAAGAGGAGGAAGAUUUCCAGAUAACAUUGAAUGUGUCGGCCCAAGAACGUCCUCGAAGCCUUCGGAAACAUCGUCCGUUCAGCCUUGAUGCGAUCUGAGCUCUUUACCAGGUGCUACACAUGGACUUUACAGUGGUACAUCGUUGUUCCAUGAUAUCAACUUGACUUAAUGACUGACUGACCACAGAAGGUGCUGGAAAUUCCAAUCACCAAUACAGUUUUAACUGUGUAAAAAAAAUAAAAAUUAAAUUAAAAAAAAAAAAAAAAAAAAACAACAAAACGAAGAAAAAAGAAAAAAAUCAAAACGGUUGCAAUUUGUCUACAGCUCACUGAAUUAACUAUUUUUUUCUAGUAUAAGAUAGUAAAACGAAUGAAAAAAAAAGCUACGAGCAUUACCUUACAUAUUUAAGAAAAAUAGACAGUCCAAAUAUUUCUGAUACAUUUUCAAUAUGUACAUAGAUAAUCCUGAAAUUUCAUGCUAUUAAGAAUUGUAUGUAAAUAUUGUACAAUGUCAUGUACAAGCGUACCUAAUGCACAUUUUAUCUUUUAUUGUACAAAAACAAAGCAGAAGAAGUGUACCAAUGUCUUGGUUUCUAUUCAGAAAUGCGGUCGCGUUAACGACCGGCCGCGCGCAUAGGAUAAAUAAGAAUACAGCCUAAAGCUUUUAUAUGAUGAACUGUAAGACGUUGCUGUUUUUUGGUAAGGGAACAGCAGUGGAACGGGCAUGAGUAUGUGAGUUCUCCAUUACGACAGUCACUUCACACCAGUUAAGUGUUCAUUUGUAUUGGA